AUGGAGGGAGCUCGAAAACACCUAGGUCGACUUGUCCGCCUCAUCCCCGAUUCCCCCACAUCUCCAGAAACCGCUGCCAUCAAAACGUUCUUCAACCACCGCCUUACAGCAGACUCGGCUUCCGCCCGUGAAGAAUGGCUCGAUAUAGUUGAAGCGCGGCACCGGCUCUGGUCCGGGAUCCCCUCAGAGAAACGAGAGCUCAUCCGCAGUUUUCUCAAUAAUAUCAACCUCGAAAUUGUGAAGCGCGCUCGUCCUACCUCCGUGUUCAAUUUCCAGAGUGCUUCGGUAGGGAAUCUAUUCCUUACGGGAGCGAGAUUGUUUACGGGCAGUUUUGAAUCGGCCAUCUACCUCCUGGGAGCAAUUACCGGCGUCCCCAACAACGUGAACGUCAUCCCAGCCAUCAACAGCAACUUCUCGCACCAUAUCUCCGCCGGCCUAGAAGAUGGAACCGUCAUCACAGGUCAAAACGCCAUCUCCCACCCCUCCGCCCCAUCCUCCUCCGUCGGAAGCUCAGCUUCAACCCUCCCAUCCUAUACCCAAGACCAACACGACAUAGUACCUGAUAGCGCUUUAACCCACCACCACCGGAAAUUCUCCACAGAACUAUCAGCACACGACCGCAUCGAAGACGCCAAUCUCCCGGGCUCCCUCCCCACGCUCAGGAAACAAUACAUCACCUUCCUCAAAACACACACCGAGGCCCUCCCCUCCCCCAUCUCCCGCAUCUGGUACAUCAAUCCCUACGGGCAAGAAAUCCGACCCGCUCCCAACCCCAAGGUGCUCGACAGCAUCAACGCCGCCAGCUGCGUAAUCUACAGCAUCGGCAGCUUAUACACCAGUAUCCUGCCCUGCAUGAUCUUACGGGGCGUGGGUGAAGCAGUCCGGAACGGCGGCGGGUACGGGGGGCCGCAAUUCAAGAUCCUGAUCCUGAACGGGAGUUUGGACCGCGAGACGCGUGCGGCGGGCGGCUACGAGUUCGGCGCGAGGGAUUUUAUUGCGGCGAUUGCGAAGGCUUGUAAGGGCUCUGUGGGGAGCGCGGUGGGCGAGGAUACUGAUGUGGAGGAUGAGAGGGAGUUUAGGAAUUAUGUCACGCAUGUUAUUCAUUUGCAGGGGCAGGGCACGCCGAGGGUGGAGAAGGAAGAGUUGGGGGUUCUGGGUAUAGAGACGGUUAAGAUUUAUGGGAGGAGGGAUGAUGGGGGUGAGGGGAUGGUUUAUGAUGGGGCAGCGUUGGGGCAGGCGCUUGAGGCUAUUAUUGGGAGGAGGGAUGAUAGGCCGGGGAGGAGUCGGAGGAAUACUUUGGGUGUUAGCUAG